UUAUAUUCUGUGGUAGACAUACGUCAUCGCAUCGUCAAUCAGUUUAUUUUAUUCAUUCAGCCAGUCAGUCAUAAUAAUUCCAAGGCAAUUACAAUACACUCAAUAUUUUCGUUUCAUUUAUGCGUACAUAAAGAAUUCAAUUUACUCACUGUUAGUAAAAGUAAUCAAUUUUAUUUCAUUAAUUGAACCUUGUUUGGGAUAAUUUUGACGUCAUUCUGCACUAAAACUGAGCGACAGUACAGCAAAAUAGGGUCAGUAGUCAGUACGGAUAUUAUGGCGAUGAUACAGCCAAUUCAUUGAGGAACUAUCUGUCUGUACGGUGAAUAGUUUUUGUGAAACAGUGAAUCACACAUAUACUUGGACCAGUCUCUCAACGAUUAUUUUGCUACGUAAAAUUCAGCAGCCAUAUUUUGCAAUAGUUGUAGAAAAAAGUGCAACGGAAUCAGAUUUGAAUGCCUAUUGUGACGUAAACACGGCAAAACAAUAGAUUUGUUAUGGAGAUACGGCGUCAUAUUGCGUGAACCGAAGUCGAGAUGUGGUCGGUGCUCAGCGUGUUGUUCGCGCUCUUGAGCCUUACUUAUGCACUCCUGGAAGGCCCCAAUGUCUGCACCAGACAAGAAUCAUACACUACGACGAUACGAGUAUCAGAAAAACAGCCGUAUCAGGUGAAGGAGUAUACAUGGUGCUUCAAUGUCCCACCGAAGUGUUCAAAGUACAAGAUUAAGUUUAGGGAAGUUUUCAAGACUCAAACGUUGAUCAAGUAUAGGCCAGUGGAGGAGUGCUGUGCGGGGUACGCGCCGGACGCUCGAGGGGAGCAGUGCGUGCCGGUGUGCGUGGAGUCGUGUGUCCACGGCAAGUGUGUGGCGCCCAAUACAUGUGCCUGUGCGCACGGCUACGGCGGCCCAGCCUGCGACAUAUCGUGUCCUGAUGGAAAAUGGGGACGAAACUGUCAGAACGAAUGUACUUGUAUGAACGGUGGUACGUGUGAACCUUUGACCGGUAAGUGCGCCUGCACGGCGGGCUGGCGCGGGGAUGCUUGUGAACGGGCGUGUGCUCCUCCCACGUACGGCGACAACUGCGACGAGCUGUGCCACUGCACCAACAAUGGCACCUGCGACCCGGCCUCCGGGGCCUGCCGGUGUCCACCGGGAUUCACUGGACCUUUAUGUGAAGAAGUCUGUCCCAGUGAUGAACCGUGUCCCGUGAGAUGCCGCUGUCAGAACAACGGAAAAUGUACUUUUCUGUCAACCUGUGAAUGCCCGUCUGGGUGGACCGGAGAAGUUUGUGCAAAUAAGUGUCCGUCGGGAAAGUGGGGACCAAAAUGUGAGAAAUCGUGUGAAUGUGCUAACGGAGCUGGUUGUCAUCACGUCACUGGUCGAUGUCAGUGUGAAGCUGGCUUUACUGGAGAAAAGUGUCUGGAGAUAUGCCCAGUGGGUACGUGGGGCGUGGAUUGUUCUAGAAAGUGUCAGUGCGAGCACAGUGGCGUGUGUUCUUCGAAGGACGGGUCGUGUGAGUGCAAGCCUGGCUGGACGGGCGAGCGCUGCCAGGACCGCGCCUGCCCCGCCAACACGUGGGGCGCGCGCUGCGACCGGGACUGCGAGUGCAAUCCCGCUACUACGGACAUGUGUGAUCCUUGGACCGGUGCGUGCGAAUGCUCGGCGGGGUGGGGCGGGGAGUCCUGCGAGCGACAGUGUCCGCUACUGACGUACGGGAAGGGGUGCCGGUCCACGUGUCGGUGUGAAAACAGUGGACUGUGUUCGCCUGUCAACGGGUCAUGUCUAUGCGCGCCCGGGUACCGUGGGCUGCGAUGUGAAGAGCACUGUCAGUACCCGUACUACGGAGACAACUGUUCCCGUACCUGCGACUGUUACAACAAUGCAACCUGCUCACACGAAACUGGACUCUGUGAAUGUAAACCUGGAUAUGAAGGCCUAAAAUGUGAUCGACCAUGUAACGGGAAAACAUUUGGCCUAAAUUGUCGCCAACCAUGUAAUUGUGAGAAUGAUGCACCCUGCAACCCUGUUAAUGGCGAGUGUGUAUGCGGGGCGGGCUACACGGGCGCGCGCUGCGACCGGCGCUGCCCGGCCGGGUACUUCGGGCUCGCCUGUCUACAUCGCUGCAACUGCACAGACAACGCUCGCGGCUGUCACCACGUCACUGGACAGUGCAUCUGUGAGAGCGCUUGGAGAGGUGUGAGAUGUGAGACGCAGUGUGCGGAGGGUCGUUACGGGGAGCAUUGUUCGGAGAAGUGUCCGUGUGGGAACAACUCGUCGUGCGACGCGUCCUCCGGCCGGUGCGUGUGUGCCGCGGGCUGGACCGGGGUCGACUGCACCACGCCGUGCCCGCCUGGAUUCUAUGGCGCCGGUUGCACGCAACUUUGCCCCGAAAAUCCUAAUGGUAACUCUACUUGCGAUCCUGUAACUGGCGUGUACGCUUGCCCGAACGGCUUUACUGGUGUGACGUGCGAAUAUCCCUGCCCACUUGGUACCUACGGCGCUGGUUGCAAGGAGAAGUGCACGUGUAAGAAUGGCGCCGAUUGUCAUCAUGUUACGGGCGCGUGCCAGUGCCUGGCGGGCUGGCAGGGCGCGGCGUGCGAGGCGUCGUGCGGCGCGGGCUGGUGGGGCGCGGCGUGCUCGCAGCCGUGUCGCUGCGCGCGCCACGCCGCCUGCCGCCCCAACGACGGCUACUGCCGCUGCCCGCCCGGCUACACCGGCCACUACUGCACGCAGUUUUGUCCAGAGGGAUACUUCGGUGACCAUUGCAUGGAGCCUUGCAACUGUUCUUCAGAAGGGAACUGGGUGUGUGACCCAGUGAUCGGGUGUACCUGUCACCGCGGCUUCAUUGGAGAGAAAUGCGACAUACAUGCCAGUGGUGCCAUUGUCACUGGAAUUGAUACUAGCAGAGAAUCCUCAACGUCGGGCCUAACAGUGGUGAUGAUAAUACUGGCGUUCAUCUGUGCCGCUAUAGCAAUACUAGUACUGUUGUACUAUCGCAAGCGAGUCCGUAACCUCAAACGGGAAAUCGCGCACGUCCACUACACGGCGGAUCCUAAUUCACAGCCUGAACAACAGCAUUUCGAUAACCCAGUGUACUCGUACCAAGGGUCCACACGCAGCGAUGACUCAACAACUCUGCUGAACAACGCAACUCAUUUCCUGAACAACCUGAACCCGGGAAGCAAACUAAACAACACCACUAUGGAGAAACUCAGAAUGAAAGCAUCUGGUUCUAAUGACACUUACGACCCGCUGUCCUCUAUGAAGAACAAGGAUGCUGACGCCAAUAAUCCUAAUUUGUACCAGUACGAAGAAGAUGACAAUAAAUUGGACCAUGUUUAUGACGAAAUCAAACAUAAGGAAGGAUAUGAAAUGGAGUAUGAUCGUCUCAACUACACGCCACCUGCGAAUAAAUGGAAGCCGCACUACCAACGGAUGAACAACGGGUUCACCGCCGCGCAGCCCCCGCCGCCGCCGCGGGACGUGUCCCCCACCCCACCGAUACCUCCGCUACCCAAACUGAACAUUGCACCCCUACCGCCGAAAAGGGACGAAGAACCUCUCGAGGUACCCGAACCCCCUAAAAGGGACGAACUCCCUUCGGCACCCCUAACACCAAGUGACGAAGAAAAUGACACGACGCAACCUUGACACACAAAGUGGGUGAAGUUCAUAGACAACUAAACCUCACUGUACGUAGCAAUAAAUAGUUGGAGUAACCCUACCAAUGUGUUAACUUUAUGACAAAAUUGAAAUUUAUUUUAUGAAAUGUUUUAUGUCUCUGAACAUAUUUUGAUAAUGAUCUUUUACGAUGUUCCGUAGUUGUGUAGAUGUGAACAUUACCUGUAAGUGAAGUUUGGGAGUGAUCUCGUUUACUUCUUAUAUAAUAAUAUGAACCUUAGAUUGUAAGUAUUCUAGAAAUCAAAUCUUCAAAACUGUUUAGCAAUAUUUAACUAACAUCGCAGAAUGUUACUUUAGUAAACAAUAGUAACCAAUUUUCCUUAUGCUUCCAAUCCACGCGUGUUCAGUUUCCAAAGAUUCAAUGGUUUUCAUCCCGCAAAUUCUGACUAGUAGGUAUAAUAAAUUAUUGUUCAAUGGAAAUAUUUAUAUAAUCUAAUAAUCAUGUUUAUUAAUAUAAUUAUCU